AUGGUUGAAAAAGAAAUUAUCAACAUCUCGAUUAAAUUGUUUUGGGAUGACAAUUCAUCAGCAACAUUCAAUGGUCCUUUAGAAUUUACAAUUACCUUAAACCAUGGUUGUACAACAAUCAAGAAUCUGGACGUACCAAGCACU